AUGGCCAGCAGCGACAUCGAAUGGGCCUUACUACGAGGGGGGUCAAUCCCUGUCGACACGGUCGCCAGCACCCUCAAAACCAAGGAGCUCGCGACGAGUCUUGCCGAAGCUGACUUCAAGUCUAUCCUUCUGUCGCCCGAGGCUCGAGCAGUCUUUGCUUCGACACCCGACCUGUUCGAGGGGCUUCCCUUCUCGCCUGCCUCUGCAGACUCUUCCGCAGAGACUUCUUCGGCUAUCCGACUGAUUGUGGCCAUAGCCCUCAUUCACUCUUUCGUCCAGGUGAACUGGACUGGGCCCGAGCUGUCUUUCAAUACCCUUGAAGUGCUCGAUACAACGUCAUCAAGCGAAGAGGACCUGAAUAACGCGGCCCUCCCCUUCCUGACAUUGCAGGGCGAGCCCGCAUACCACCUCUCCCAGCAACCGGCCCUUUUCCUCUUGGGCAGAAGACUUUUGCUUUCCCUCGAGAGUGAUGCCCAGAUUUCCUCGGUGCCUGCGUGGACCCUUAGACUUCAUCUUAUCCACCUCGCCCUCCUCGACGAACCCGUCCCUCCCCCUACUUCCGUCCUCGACUCCAUCAAAGCUCUUCUCGAAGAUCCUGCUGUCAAAGCGGAUCAGGAUCUGACUGCUCAAAUUCAUCUCGAGCAGGGUCUAUUGCAUUUCCGAUUGGGCACAGACAAACAUGCCAAUCAGGAGUUUUUGUCUGCAGCCAAAUCGAGUGGUCUCGAAUUCGAAUUGACUGGUGCGCUGGGUAAAAAGACCAAAUACCAGGUCGCCGCGCACAGUCAGCUGGUGCUUUUGGCAGAGUCCAGAGCUCGGGAUGGGGAAGGAAAGGAGAGAAUUUCGGCGGAUAGUGAAGAAGGGGGAGAGAAGUUACCGGAAGCUCUGCUAUUGAACGACGACACACUGUUGGAAGAGACCGAGUUUACAAAAGUCACCCGCGACGACAAGUCGACCUCGCGACUAGCCCACCUUGACCCUUCCGAUCAACCGCCCCUCCACCCGCUUGAUCAAGCUCUUCUCAUCUCCUUUUGUCUUUCCCAAUCGAACGACUCUCCAUCUUUGGGUCUGACGUCUCAGCAAAUGAUGCCUUUCCUCUCUCGAGUCAUCUCGCAUCCUCGAAACUGGUCCGUCCAUACCACCGCUCUUCUGCUGCGAUCUCGUCUUGAGGCAGGCAGAUCAAGGACUGUCGAGCGUUCCUGCUUGCAGCUCCAGGCCCUCAUCGAGCAGAUGCCUACGAGCGACUCUGAGCCGAAAGAGAGAUUGAGAUACUUCCAUCAGCUUCCUUUGCCUAGCAAGUGGGAGAUGGAGAGCGAGCUCGCCAAGCGCUUCAUGACAGUCGGUGUCAUUCGAAGUGCUCUCGAGAUUUUCACUCGCUUGGAGAUGUGGGAGGACGCCAUUGGGUGUUUGCAAAAGAUGGAGAGGGAAGAAGAGGCUGAGGGAAUUGUGCGAGAUCUGCUGGCGGGCAAGAAGGUAGAAUCAGAGCUGGUGCCUACUCUGGGACGAGCGACAGUUAGCGAGAUGCGCAAGCAAAAGCUGACUGCCGCUCGAGAGGGCAAGCUUUGGUGUCUUCUCGGUGACCUUGCCCUUAACGUUCAUGGGGCUGCUCACGAUCCUGCUGCUGCCCGUGCCACUUCCAUCGAGCACUACAACAAAGCCUGGGAAGUUUCUGAACACACUUCGUCUCGGUCUCAGCGUUCGCUUGGCUCUCUCUACAUGGGCACGCAAGAGUUUGAGAAGGCAAUCUCCUGCUUCCAGGCGUCGCUCAACAUCAACCCCCUCUAUUCUCGUGCUUGGUUCACUGUGGGUGUGGCAUACGUGAGGAUGGAGAAGUGGCACGAUGCCAGGGAUGCGUUUAGGAAGCAAGUUGGAGUGGAUGAAGAUGAUGCGGAGGGGUGGAACAACUUGGCGGCGGUGUACCUCAGGCUGGAAGAGGAAGGCGUUGCCGAGAAUGAAGCUCCGCCGGUGUCGUACGAAAACAAGAUGCUGGCUUUCCGAGCUCUCCGCCAAGGUCUUCGAUUUGCCUACACCAACUGGCGCAUGUGGCAAAACUACAUGAUCGUCGCUGUCGACGUCGGGGAGCUUUCUGAGGCUGCCCGCGCCAUGACACGUGUUGUCGAAACACUUGCCAACUCCAAUCCCGAACAAGCCAUCGACGCCGACGUACUCGACAAGCUCGUGGAUAGUGUCACUCGAGACGACUUUUCUUUGAGCAAGGACGAAGCCACAAAGGUUGUGCCCAAGACCAGCAACGAAGGGUUUGGUCUUCUACCCAUUGUUGAGCGAUUGUUCGAUGUGGUCAUUUUCCCUCGAGUCUCCGACAACCCUCGAGUAUGGAGGACACAUGCUCGUCUGCUGAGAUGGAAGGAAGACUGGGAAGGCGCGAUGGAGGAUACCCUUCGAGCCUGGCGGUGUGGGCCUGUUGCGGAUGAGGGUGUUGAGAGAGAUCUCGCCAAGUGGCAGGAGGCCGUCACGGAGCUGGAAGACUUGGUCGCUGUGCUGAGUGUGUUGGGACCCAAGGCGAAGGCGGUGCAGGAGAGUUCAGAGGGCGAGAAGAAGCGAAAGAGUGAUUGGAAGUUCCAAGCCAGGGGUCUAGUGAGGACAUUCAUGGGAAGGACGAAAGACUCAUUCGAAGGCGAAAAGGAUUGGGAGAGACUACAGGAGCUGUUAGAUGAGCUCAAAAGGUCGGAAUAG